AAAAUCCAGCAAGAUGAACAAUUUCAAUCGAAAUAAUGGCCGUAAUGGCAACAAUUACAACAACAGCAACAACAAUAACACAUGGAACAAUCACCAAGGACGCAACCAUAACAAUGGUGGCUACAAUGGCGGCCAUAAUUUCCACCAAAAUGGUGGAAACGGCUGGAACCAAAGCCUGCGUCCAAACUACCCUACCAACGAUGAAAGUUGGUUUGGGGAAAAUCAGAUGUAUGGUGAUUAUCGAGGCCCAUCACAAUAUGGUGGAUACCCACCAUUCACCUAUGGUGAUUUUCAAGGUCCAAACAAUCAAGGAGGCUAUUUUCAAUUUGGACAGAACAAUGGCCCACCGAUGGGUUAUGAUUCACGCUACUGGAAUGAUAGUAGACAAUACCAAGGCCCUCCUCCAAAUGGCUACUACUCUUCACAAGAUGCUAGAUCUGGUAAUGUCCCACCGAUGAACCAAGAUGGUGGUAGACAGAAUCAGCGGAACAACAAGAGAACUCGUGAUAGCACGAGUGAUGUUGCUGAACCAGCUGCCAAGAAAAACAGGAAUCUACUGAAAAAGGAGACUACUUGUGGAAACUGCUAGAUGAUCGGCCAUCGUGUCGUACACUGCAUUGGACCAGUUUCAGCAGCAGGGUUUAUUAUGGGUUGCGGAUUUUGCAAUGGUGAUAACCACAUCAGCGAGGAAUGUGAACUUUACAACGUCACAAAUCCAGAAGACCUAGACAAGUCGGCGAAACUAUGCCUUGAAGACAGAGAAAAUCUGCCACCUUUGGCUUGCUCUAUAAACCCAUUGAGGCACAGACUUGCCGGCGAAGGGCAAAAGUACGAAGAGAAGCUUCCAUUGACUACGGAUACUGCCAUUGAAUACCAGAUUGCACACCCAAAUUACUGGCAACAUCACAAAUACAAGGAGGGAAAUAAACAAAAGGAGAUAAUUUGUGAGAAAACAGACAACAAAUGGGGAUAUGAGGCACAAACUGCUGAAGAUAGUUCAGAGUUGGAAUACCCCAACUUCUGUACUUCGAUUAGAUCAGUCAAAUUUCCCGCUGCUUGGAAACCCGCUCCGAUCACACAAUCCAACCAGGAAGGGAGAGGCAGACGAGAUGAUCCAGGAAACAAUAGACGUCGGGAUCGAAGCCGGGGAAGAUCACGAAGCCGGGGAAGAUCACGAAGCAGAGGAAGAAGCAAGUCAAGGAAUCGCGGAGACGAGGGGACUCAGAGUUCUCGAAAGUCGAUCAGAACCAAGGAAACCGAUACGAGUAUGGUCGACGCCCUCCCGCCAGCUCUAGUAUGCACAAACUGUGGGAACUCUACGCAUGGCGGGAAAGAAUGCGCCGCAGCCUGCGGCUGCUGUGGUGAAGCUGGCCACCAGCUGGACGAAUGCCCUCGAAUAAGCAUCAAAUGCGUUUGUAAAGCUGUACCAGGACAUCUCAUCAUGGACUGCAAGCUACCCUGCAAUGGAUACUUAUGCAUAAACAACAAGGAAAAAUCCCAUCAUUAUUUGCUUAAUUGCUUGACCAAAUGCUGCGUCUGUGGUGCUAAUGGGCACAGUGGGAAAAGCUGUCUUAAAGCAAGAAAUGGCUGCAAGGUGUGUAGAAGUCAUGACCAUGUCACAGCGAUGCACACAAAAGAUGCCAAUGACUUGCACUGUACGUCAAGGUCAUGCCCUAUGUUCGCAUGCAAGGAACACUGCCAAAAAUGUGGCUUUGAAAACCACCACACAAAGAAUUGUGCAAACAAAGUUUCGGGAAAUGUUGUUACUUGCACGGGCAGACAUAGCUCGAGGUUCGGCAUUGCCACUCACUGCGCUGAGUGUGCAUAAAAGCGGGCGGCGAAGAAAGACAGAUCGUAAAAAGAACUUAGGAGUUGCGGAAGGGGAGGGGCUUAGGGAUGAGGCUUAG